UCGGCUGGGGGGUUGAAAGGAAUGCUGCCAACUGGGGAAAAAAAACAAAACGUGGAAAUACCACUAGAUCAAAAAAAUAACUGAAAAGAAAUUCUUGUAAGGUUGAAAACCUUAUUUUUAGAAUUGAAUGUUUAGGACUUCUGAGUGGUCAUUUUUAUCAUUUCUCCUGUGCUCUUAGCCAGUUUCAUAUGUUGAAAAGCUUUCUUGUAAACAGUACAAUGCAUUGUGUGGGAUAAAGGAAACCUUACACGAGAAGAGAUGGCAGUAUUUUUAACUGUAAGACAAAUUUGAAAGCUAGAAUAAGAUAAUGUAAGUAGCUGUUUAGCAGGUAUAAAUAACAGUUGCAAACAACAUGUUCUGCUUAGCUGUGGUUCUGCUAAUGGGAAAUAGAAAAUUGGAAAGCACUGAAGGUAAAAAAUAGAAAAAAAAGUUCAGAAGGAAAAAAAAUGAAUUGAAACUUUCCAUGGGUGAAGUUCAGAAAGAAAACUUAGUCACAGUGCUGCCAGUAGAAAUAUUUGUUGCUUUUUAUAGAAUAAUUUCUAUAUGUGUUUACGCACUGUUAAAACAAGAUAAUUUGUAUGAAUAAUACCCAGUUACCUUCUGCGGGGUAAGAUGAUUUUAUGGUAGGUCAUAAAAGAAGGAGCCUGUGGAGAGGCAGGAGUGCUCUACCACUGCCCCUGUGUUCUCAUGAUCCCAGUGAGUCUCCGCAGGGUGCUCAUUAGGCGAUGCUUUUCCUUAGAACUUCAGGCUGUAAAUGAUUCUCCAAGAUGUUCGCGAAAGCAACAAGGAAUUUUGUGAGAGAAACGGACAGCGGAGGUGACUUGAUCCCUGUCUCCCACCUGAAUGCCUCAGACAAGCUGCAGCUUCUGAGCUUAGUUACGAAGAGGAAGAAGUUCUGGUGCUGGCAGAAGCCCAAGUAUCAUUUCUUGACAGUCUCAUUGAGUGAUGUGCUUACUGAAGACCAACCUAUAAAACCAGUAAUUGUGGAAUCUGACUUUGCAAAAUAUACGGGAAAAUUUGAAGAUUGUGUCCAAGGAAGCAUUGAAACUUCAUUUGGAAAGAUCAGCCUGGGAGCCGGAGCGAAGGGCUGUGUGGAAAGCCAGUCCUCCUUUGGGAACCUGAGGAAACAGGAGGUUGACUUGCAGCAGCUUAUGAAAGAUGUCAAGGACAGAAUGAUAAAUUUAAAUAGUAGUUUAUUGCAACAAGUAAUAGAAAGAAAACGUGAAGUACUGUGCAUCUUGAGAGAAAAGAUAAUAACAACGCAGAAGUGUACAAUAUCUGAACAUAUCCAGACAGAGGAAAAAGUCAGCGGUCUGCUGGGAUGCAGUACAAAGAUAGUAAAGGUUUCAGUGAGCGACAGUGGAAGUAUGAUGAAGGAUUCCAGCGUGAUUCUUGAGAUUCCUCCUGCAACCACUAUUGCCUAUGGUGUAAUUGAACUGUUUAUAAAGUGUGAUGGCCAGUUCGAAUUCUGUCUGCUGGAUGAACAGCAAGGAGGUUUUGAAAGAGAAAGCACAGAAGGUUCAACGUCACCCCAUUCAGCGCUGUUCAGAGAUGCUUCGUUCCUGUAUCACCCAGAUGCUGUUGAUAACGUGACGUGCUCUGGGGCUGAAAACCCCAUUCCCAGCCACGCUUCUUUAAGUGUGUUGAAAGAAGAUCUGUCACGGCUGAAGGCUCAGUUCCAGCCCUUUGUGAAGCUGCCAGAAGACAAGCAAAGAGCUUUAUAUAAAAGUCUGUAUGAACUCCUGCUGCAUGAAGAAACGUUAACUGCCCUGGAAGAUGUGUUAGAUGCUAUCUGCACAGGAGACAAGCCAGACCUGAAGGAGUUAAAACCUGCGCAGCAGCAGGACCUGGCUGACUUCCUGCAGCUCCUAGGAUGCAGCGUGCAGGAUGAGCUAUUGUUGCAGAGCUAUCAGCGUCGGGAUGAAGAACUGCUCUCAGCUGCUCACCUCCUCAUCAGUGCUAUCUCUGAGCUGUCUGAUCGCACUCUUGUCCUGCUGCGUGCCUGCUCUGAUCUACAGGUUGUUCCGGCGUUGUGUUGCUUGCCUUACGUCGUUUCAGCUGAUGGCACCUUGGCACUGAGCAGUCCUUCGGUGGCAGCUCUCACUGACAGAGGAAGAUUUGAUGUCGCGCGAAGGCUUUUUGCUUCAUCAAACAUUAAUUUGGAAAAGACAGAGUCUUCUGUAAAAGCUGUAACUAUGAGCGAGCCUAGAUUCUUCCCUCUUGUUCUUUAUGUUGCUUUGUGCGGACUUCACAGUUUAGGUGGGACUGCAGAGGAGCUUUUCUGAGCAGUCCCUGCCCUACCCUGUUCUUCCUUCUGUAGCUCUGCAGUGCAGCAUUGAUGCUUGUGAGAGCCCCGGGGAGGAGUACUCGGGGCAGUGCAGCCAGGUGGCACGGGGCAGUGCAGGCAAGGGGUGAGCACGCUGCUCCUCUGCAGCUCCACUAAGGUUUGUCUGCAGUGGAAAAUACAUAAAUAAGUAAAUAAGGGAUGCAGGGGAAGAAGAAAAAAAGGCAAGCAUGGAAGAGAAAUUGAACAUAGCUGUUCUGAUAGUUGUCAGAUCUGCAGAGCAGUGGAAGCCUGAUUGCUUGCAUUAAUAUGCAUGGGAGAAAACUGCAAAGUACGAACUGCUUUUUGUAAGCAAGUGAGCAAAAAGGCUGUGGAAUUCUAGGGUUCUGCAAUGCAAUACAUGUUUUGCUCAUUUAAGAUCUGACGUGCAGAAUGCCCUCGCUCUGGAGGAGGUGGAGGGCUCUGGAAGAGCUACUUCGUUAGGUUUUCCUUCAUUAAGUGUAGUUUGGCUUUAUGGAUGUGAGCUGCACACUGCAGGAAAUAAUGAACUCUUUUUUUUUUUUUUUCCAAAACUGAGACCACCUUAGGGAUUUCUACCUCUGUUUCCAGUAAGUUUUUACGAAGCUUAGCAAAUUUCAGCUGCCUAUAUUGUAUCUUGAACUUUCUCUUUGAGAUGUGGUGAUGCCUUCUGCUAUGUGCAUACCAAAAGUCCCUGCUGCACUCCACAAAGCAAUCAUUUUACCCGUGUGACAUCUUCAGUGUUUUGCUCGUGUCAUUCACUAACGGCAGAGAGUUAAUGUAAAGCACUUUGUACUUUGAACUGUUUUGCCUGUUGUUCUUUUUAGUCAUAAUUUUCUGUGAUCAUGGAAAUGGGACAGAAGUGCAGGAGGGUUCACUGUAAAUGCAGGAAGCUGUUGUUGCUGUGAAGUGGGCUCUCAGUGCUUUCAGGCAGGGCUCAGGGGUGGUGAACAGGCGACAAGCGGGCACCUGCAGGGAGAGGUGGUGAGACUGAGCUGCCGGUGUUUCUGUGUCCCAUUUGUAAAAUGAGGGUAAAGUGGAGCUGGUGGUUUUGGCUUAACACUGCGCUGGUGCAUAUGGAGAUGUCCUGCAAGCACGUUACCCUGCUUGUGUGAGCUGUGUGUCUGUACAUGGGAAGGUUUUCUUUUGCCAACCGCUGCUUGUAAGUAAGUUGCCUCUGUAACUAACUAUUCUAUCGAAAUUUUGUAUUUAAUCUUAUGUCAGAACAGUAGAAUAAUUUUAAAAAUCAAUGUGUAUGAUUUCCCUUUAUCCCUUUCCUGGUUCCAGUCAUCCUUUUGGCUUUGAAAAUCGGUGCAGACAGCGAGAGGACAUGUGUGAAUCCAUGUAGUGCUGCUGUCCACCUAUCCUGAUUUUAGUCUUGUUGUAAGCCUUAUAUACACUGCAUUGCUGAGCUUCUUUCAGGGUGGUUGGCUGCAUCGAACAUGGAUGGGAGGCGAUUUGUUCACAGAGGAAAAAGACCCUCAGGUGUUCUAUAGAAAGUUAGUUAAAAAAAAAAAGAGGCAUUGGUUGCGCAUGGCAACCACCAAGCUUGGGUCUGCCCUUUUAUGUGCUCUCUGUCCUUCUGAAAGCAGCAUCUUUAUGCACAUGAACAUUCAAAAUGGCUCAGGCUGGGGAUACAUUGAUCCGAAGAGGCAGCGGAAGCCAUGAGUCUCUCUCCAUCUAACUUCUGUCCUGCCCUUCCCUAAGCUAAAUGAGGAGAGCCUCUUCAGGGCCCCUGGCUGUGCUGCAUUGAUCUAAAUGAAUUCAGAUUCCACUCGGUGCAUCCAAGCUGAAGCAGUGAUUGCUUGAGACAGGUUGGCCUCGUACAGAAAAUGCUCUUUCAAGGUUAGACGGGGUCUUCCCCCAAAAACAGAGGAGGCAAAAGGGCACUAGGUUCCUUCAGGGGAGCCUGGUACUUCAUUUCACUCUCGGCCUCUCCCGCGCUGCUUCCCUGAUACACUUCUGCCUUCUACAGAAGGGAGAAGAGCCCACACCUUCGCAGUUCAGAUCAGGACAAGGGAAGAUGAGGUCCGCAGCCACUUUUCCGAGUAGGCCCGCACUGCGUCCAGCAGCCUCAGCCUUGCUGCCAGGAACGAGCGCUCACCUUGUACCAGCUGCAGCCUCAGCUGCCUGAGCUUGUACGUACGCUGGUGAAUUACAGUGUGAACCUAGGAGCCCAACCCCAUUAAUGGGGGUUUAAUGAUUUGAAAGUGAGCAGCCCUGCUUUAGCAGUAGCAUUUAUAGGAUGGUUGAAGAGGCCCAGAGCGCUCUGCAUUGGAUGGGGAAUGGGUGCAUUCAAAAGCCAAAAACGUUGCAUUUCUGAACUGUGACCGCCACCUCUCUCCCAUGAGAGAAUCUCAGUCCUAUUUCACCCCCUUUCAGUUAGUUUCAAAUGCUGAAUGCUGUUCAUUUCCCACCCUCCAGCCUGUAGCUGAGGCCCCGGGGCUUAGCACAGGAGCGCAGUCCUUCAGCCUGGAAGAGGAGAGCAGGGGAAUUCCACAGCGCUGCUUGCCAGAACACUGCCCUUCCUGCUAAGCCUUCAUGGCAUCUUGAUAGCUAAUCUUUUAGUUAGCUACAAUUCACAGACAGACCAAAAAAAAUCCAACAAAAAAAGGUCUAGUUUUUCAAUAUUAAAUCUUUAUUAUAUACAAAAAUAUUUUGUUGGGAAUUAACAGAAUUUCACAAUUUGUACAUUAAUAUUUUUACGCUUGGCUGUGUUUGUUGUGAAAAUAUUAGCUGUGAAAAAGACAAUGGGGGUUUUAGAAAACAAGUUACAAUUUAAAAAUGUCCUAUGUAGUAGCUGACUUCAUCGAUAGAAAGUCCCACCUCCUAGCGCUGCUCUAGAGCGUCGUAUUCAAACAACAGUUAGCUACUAAAUCAGCUUCAGUUUCGUAUUAGAAAAUUUAUUUAAUAGUUGUUUUGUAGGAUAUUUUCAGCUAAUAGAAAGUAUUUCUUUACAGGAGAGCAGUUCUUCAACAUUUACAAGUUUCUAAUUCAGUUCAGUUUAAUAUGCUGUAGAAGGAAAAAAAAAUCAUGCAAAGCUUCAAGAGGGAAAAACGGGUAUGAGAGUAAGCAAGGGAAAGGAAUGUGCACUGACACUUUUAAAACACAUUUAAAUCAAAACACUUAAACAAGAUUUUAUAGUUCUUAGUCCAGCUUGGGGUGAGAGGGUGCCACGGUCUCUUAUGUUUUAAAACCUAAGAGGUUCCCCCUUAUAUCGGAGUAGUAAAGUGUUACGUACAGGAGAUGCGUACUGCAGGAGUCAGGGGCAGGGAAAGCUCAACAUGCAUUUUCAGUGGGGGGAAAAAUCCCUUUCAGCAGUUCUCUCCAUAUACAAUUGCACAAGACAAACUAACUCAAAUCGGUCAAAAAAAACACCAAAAAAACAAUUUUGCUGCCACUGCCAGAAUGGUGUCAUUGAUUUUGCUCUGUAUAUCACACAAGAGGUCAAAUGACUGAGAAGUUACUUGGGUUUUUGGCAGAGGUUUACCGUACUCUAGGUAAACGCCGUCUACUCAUGGAGCGCUGACUUGGAUCAGGUGUGAAUGCAGCCAGACUUGUACAGACAUGCAUUUCCGUAGAGCUAAAGACAUUAAAAGAAUAAAUGGGAGAAAAUGUUUCCAGGACUUCAACCAUUUUGGCCUUGCAGGUUGGUCCUACUCCACAUCCAACCACUGCGUGAGCAGCAACAGAAAAUCCAUACCCAACUAGCAUGAGAAAAGGUUAAGCAUAUUGAGAACAAAAUUCACACUUACUUUAAAUGCACUGUAUCCUACAAAAUAUAAAUAUUGCUGAAACUGUCCUUUAAAAAAGGAAGGAAAAAAAAAAGUAUUUGGAGGCAAAACUGCUACACAGCCUUUACCAAGCUGGAAUUUUUAUGUGAGCAGGUAAAUCCCAGCUCCAGUACCAGUCAAUGGAGUAAGAAUUCAGCAGUUUAGUGUGACAGUUUGUGGAAUGGUAUCCCACUGUGGUCCAAAAUGGAGAAUUCAAGUAAAUUAGCAAAUACUGUUCUAUUUACUUGCAGUAUAUUAAUCCUAAAUUCUAUUUAUCUAUCUAUAUCUAUCGUAAAUUUGUGUGAGUACACUUUACUUGGAAGCCAAAGCUGCCUCUGAACAUUUGUUAAUUUUAUAGAGGUUUUUUUAAUGCAAUACAAUUUUUCCUUUGCACCUAGUUUAGGACUGCCAACACCAAGUUCCACUGUUCUUAAAUACCAGUGCUUAUGUUGACCGCUGUGCCCUAUAAAGGAGGCAAGGUGAGAACCCCAGACAGGUCACACAUCAGUAAGAUCGCUAAGAAUGUGAAACUCAAAAAAGGUGGGGAACAAACCAACCAACCAGGGCCAGAACUUCCCAUCUUCAAGAAUGACAGUCCACCAGAGAAAUCUAAGUACCUUUAAGUGAAGAAAUCCCAAUAAUGGCCCAGGAGAGGUUUUCUGUAAGAACCGACGGCUAGAGGGAUAUUUAAGGCAAGAGGUCUGGCAGACUAGAAGUCUUUGAAUCAACCGCUACCUAAACGUGGAUACAUCGAUCUCUGAACACUUUUGCAGAAGUAGUAUCGUUAAGUUUGGCAAUAAUACCGCAAUGCUUUAACCCUUCAGAAUUUGGGUGAGGCAAAAAACCCUGCAGGAAGCAAAUACUCCGUACAUGUUAGCAUGAUUGAUGCGACAGACUUCCACCUGUAAUUAGUGUUAAAGCUGUACCUACAGGCACAAAGAGUGACUGGGAAGCUACUGCAGCAGGCACUAUAGAUGUUUUGAGAAUUGGCAUCUGCCUCCAAGUUCAGUCUGAAUGAUGAAGAUGGACGAAGCCUGAAUGGGAAGCCAAGGAACAGGGAAAGAAGUUUGGGCUGGAUUGUGUUCGCAGUAGUAGCUCGUGUGGAAACAGAUAACCCAGCUCUCCUGAUUUCUGGAGUUGUGUUCUACUUGUCAUUCUCCACUGGUCCUUUCUUAAGCACAGCAGAGAGGCAAACUUGGCUUCAAAGGGUCCCUAGCCAGGAAUUUUCUGUCUUUUAAAAGAGAAAAUAAAGUUUCCUAUUUAUUAUCCGAAUCACCCUUAAAAAAACAUACAAGCAAACCAUGGAACGCUUCCUGAAGACUGAGUUGCCGGCAAUUUGUAUAACAGAUCACUCAGGUGGGAUUUUAGAGGACGCAAUGAGUUAGGACAGAAGAUAAGGGAAAAAAAAGUGGCAUUUUGAGCCCACGAAGGAUGUGAUGGUUUACAUAAAGAGAUUCAGAAAGAGCCGAUCUGCUGUCCUGCAGCUUUUCUAUGACCGAGUACACAGAGCUGCACUGACCUGAGAACUCUGCAGCCUGAGAAUACCGCCUUGGGUAGACGCUUAUUUCCCUUGCCUGUGUCAGUACGUGAUACUGCUGCAUUUUCACCUUCAGUUUAUGCUUGCAGAUCAUUAUUAAAGCCCUUUGUAAGUCUAUGCGAGAUGACAUAUCACACCAAGCUUUAACUGACUGCAUGCUGUCACGAUGUAGAACCUAAAGUAGACCUGCUAGUCUAACAGCGACAGCAAGGUAAUCACGUGGGUAUAAAUGCACCAAAGUCUUUACGUUAAGGGUGAGACUAAUACAUAGUUAGGGGAUUUUUUGGUGCAUUUAAGGAAAUAACUUACGGCUCUUGCCAUAUUGACUGUGUUUUUAUGUAUAACUUUUCAUACAGAGGGCAACUACAGUGUUUCUUCUAUAAGUCUCUCUAUAUGUACAGAAUUUUACAGCACCUCCAUGCACUGUUUAAAACAUAGAAAUUACAGAUAAAUAUAGAAUUUUUAGAUUGAAAUAUCUGUAUAUUUAGAAAAAUAUACAUUAGUAAACACAAUAAACCAGGUAGAGAAGUGUACCAGUUCUAAAGUCUCACAUGCAGGUACAUUUCUGGAUUAAGUCAUGGUAGAUAGCGAUGUGGUAGCAGACAUGAGCAUUUUUGUUUCACCAUCCACAUACGUACAUAUACACAGACAACUACUUGAUAAUUCACUUUUCUAAUCUACUUAAAUAUUUAUCUUGUGAUACAUACCACAUAUCUUAAACAUUUAGCAGCAUCUUCACCUCGCUCAGACACACCUAUUGUUAUUAACAGUCAAUGUAAAAACUUUUCCUGUUAUCUGGAAAAUGAAUGCUCAGUACAGAAUGAGAUACGUGACAUUCUAGCUAUUUAUCCCCCAGGAAUACUUCAAACAGCUCUUAUGUGAAAUGGUUGCCCUUGCUCAGAACUCGCCUUUCACAGCAUCUUUUCCCUCACGGUGCAGUGCACGGGUCCCUGUCCAACUUCUGACCUAGCUCACUAGAACGGGUGGAGGCUGUCACCACCGUGUACAUGACCAACAUGGCAUUCUCAUUCUAAGACCCUCCAGGAAUGCUUUGGUCUAAUAACAGUAACUUAUUUUCAUUCUAGUCACCCUACCAGGCAGCAAUAAACGAAGCAGAAUAUCUGAUGAAAAAAAAAAAGUCCAAAACACUAUACACCUGCCAACAUGGACUCUCAAUUUGCAUGAUUUAACAAACAGAUGCAAGGAAUGUAUUUUUUUCUCCUUCAAAUUUGCAUGUGACCAUCCAAUUAAAACCUGCACUAACUUUGAUAACGGUCCUUGAAUCCAACCUUAGCAACCCAUUGCUUAUUGCUUAGCUGGUGCUUCUCAUUAGCAUCUAUAUUAACAGCAGCAAAGGGUCAGCUGCUGGGCUCCACUGCGCUAACUUAAAUGUGCUUGACUGCUAAACACUGUGUGGAGCUUAAGCAAAAGCUAAAGCUUUAGGCUUCAGCAAAUACACGGCUACUUGGAGGCUGUGUAGGCUCUUUUCAUGGUACGAUCUCUGAGAUGGAAAUAGGAGUAGCGAGGUUUUUGUGACGAAACCUUGGUGCCCACGUCUCAUGUGCUUCAUUUGGCUGAGUACAUGUCUGAAAAAUGAUGAAAAGAGGUGAUGUUUGCAAUAUCAACUACUAUGCGGUGGAAACUGAAGAAUCAUCUCAUUCCAUUCUUAAAGGAUGAGUGAGCUCAGCCCACUUUUGGCAUCACAAAUAGAGUAUUUUCUAACUCGUAACGAAAAGGCAUCGCACCUGUCCAGGUUGCACAUCUUAUUUACAGCGUAUGUAGGUCUUCUAUUACACAGUAUACAAACACAGUUCAGUCACGUUCAGCUUAUAGUGCCAAAACGAAAUCACUGAAAUAGUCAAGCAGUGGUCUGCUGUCUUUGCUGCUCCAUAAAACACUCCAUCUAUUUCUCAGAGCAGCCUCUGAGUGACGGGAUCACAGAACACGUCUCUGAGAAAGGCAAAUAAAGGUCUGGGGCUGCUGCCACACUAAAAAGCUCUGCCCAGCUUAAAACCAGAGCAAACAAAACUAAUAAAGCAAAGCAGUGGCACAAAUUUUCCUUAGAAACUUUCAGAUUCCCCCCCAAAAGACUGAAAUCUCAGUGUUCAGAGCCACGACGAUGCCCCGUGCUUACACACAGUUCUGACAAACGCUUUCUAAAUCCAUUGCCAUCUUAAGCUGCCCCCCCUGCCAAAUAACCAGCUUCAUCGGCUUUAAAAAUCACCUGCAGCAUACAGCUGGGUGGUUUUGCUUUUUGAGAUGUAUGCUUUUCUUACAUUAUAUCAACAGUUUCUCAUGUGCACGUAGAAGUCUUUAAGAGCCCCAGGAACCAAUACUGCUUUACAGUGCGUAAGCCUCUUUUCCGUCAGAAACAGUUCUGAGGAAGUUGCCUUCGUGAUAGUGUUCUGUAUCACCACUUUGGCGCUGAAAAAGAAUUCAGAAGCAAAGUGCCUGUCACCAGAUGGAAGAGAAAUUACUCAAAUAGAUGACUUCUGUUUAGCCUGGUAAGCGAUGGUGAAUGUCGCUAUAUACAACAGCUAACACAAUAAUAUAAAAUAUGAUCACAAGAAGAGUGAGUCUCGGUGACAAGCUGUAUUUUCAUUUUGUUCUUGUCAAGCAGAAACUUACAUUAGCAUAAGCUUUGAUCGAUGAACCAAACGUGACUUAUGUCUAUGAGCCUAAAAGGGGAGAACUGUCACCAAACACAGAAGUAUGUUAUAAAGCACAAAAAUUAGGAACAACGUUGCUUUUUAGCAGUAAGCUUCCAAUUCACAAGCUAUCUGAUGAAAAAUUCAAUUAAAAACAAUGCAACAAAGAGCACAGAAAUUCCAUUAUAUCACACUCAAAAAUACAACAGUUGAUCACACAAAUUUUCCAAAAGAGAACGCAAAACUCAGCUAGAUAUCUCAGGAAAUUAAGCCACAGAUCACUACAGAAAUAUCAGAUGAUGUCCUAAGAAAAGAAAAUGCUGGUUUGGGGUUGGGUUUUUUUUUGGAUUUUUUUUUUUUUUUU